CAAUCUGGCCAUAUCUGGCCAAUGGAAGUAUCUGUAUGUUUGGCCAGUGGUCGAACUUGGAAAGUGCAGACUGAUGCAAGUUCCACUGUGCAAUGUCUGAAGCUUGAAAUUCAAGAGCAUUUCUCGCAGGGUUUCCUGCGGCUCACAUCUUCCACAGGGCGUUUGUUGGAACCCGAGAGAAGCCUGGAGGAAGAGGGCGUCAAAGACGGAGAUGUGGUCACUGCAGUGGUUCAAAUUCCACGGAUUGCCGCCAACUCCUCUGCCUUCGCCCUCUGCGCGUUUCGCGGUGUCGUGGUCUGGGGCGACGCCAACUACGGUGGUGCGAUCGACGACGACGCCUGGAGACAGCUGCGGAACGUGCGGCAGAUCCAAGCCACGGAGAAGGCCUUCGCGGCCAUUCUGGCGGACGGCAGGGUUUUGACGUGGGGCCAUGCGUCCUACGGUGGCGACAGCAGUUUUCUGCAAGAGGACUUGGUAGAUGUGAAGCAGAUCCAAGCCUCGGCAGGGGCUUUCGCUGCCAUCCUGGGGCCUUCUCGCUCGGUGCUGGCCUGGGGCAAUCGCAUGAUGGGCGGGGAGUGCGAGCUGCAGCUCACCAAGGUCAAGGCAAUUCAAUCCACGGACUCAGCAUUUGCAGCAAUUUUAGACGACGGUCGCGUCAUUCCCUGGGGUUCGUCCUUCGGUGGUGGUGGGAUUAGCCGAUCGAUACAAGAGCAACUGCAGGGCGUGGAGCAGAUUCAAUCGACGCGACAAGCUUUCGCUGCGAUUCGGGCUGAUGGUAGCAUUGUUACCUGGGGCAAUGAACAUUACGGCGCCAGUGGCGAAAUGGCAGAGCAACUGGCUCAUGAGGAGAUCCGUGAGAUCGCUGCAUCCUUCCGUUCGUUCGCAGCGAUCCGCCGGGAUGGUUCAGUGGUGACCUGGGGCCCUGCGGAGUGCGGCGGGGACUGCCAGGCAGUGCAGGAUCAGCUGCGGGACGUGCAGAAAAUCCAAUCUACUUGGCAGGCGUUUGCAGCCUUGCGAGCAGAUGGGCGUGUGGUGACCUGGGGUGAUCCUCAGAGUGGCGGAGACAGCAGCGAGGUCCAGGAAGAACUCGUAGAUGUCCAGGAGAUCCAAUCCUCGUCCCGGGCCUUCGCCGCCUUGCGAGCGGACGCGCGAGUCGUUACCUGGGGGCAUCCGGAGUGUGGCGGCAACAGCAGCAGAGUCUUGGAGCGCCUCACUGACGUGGUGCAGAUCCAGGCGACGGCACGCGCGUUUGCUGCGAUGAGAGCUGAUGGCACGGUCGUCACCUGGGGUGUCGCCUGGGAGUACGACAGCGACGUGGACAGCAGCGAGGUGCAGCACCUGCUGCAUGACGUCAUGGCGCUGCAGGCGACGGAUGGCGCAUUCGCGGCGGUGACGACGCGGGGGGAGGUGGUCAGCUGGGGUUCCUCAGAGGAUGGAGGUGACAACAGCAGCGUCCAAGAGCAGCUGCAGAGCUUGUGA